CUGUAGCUAAUCCAAACAUUAAGAAUAACGGAUCUAUUAACGUUGCAUAGACAGAAUUGAGAACACCAACCUCCUCUUUCACACUGGGUCCACCAGAACCACUUUCAGUCGUCGCCGAUGGCGGAUAGCCGGUCGCCGAUCACCGGUUUUUAUGGUAAAGAAAAUGAGUGGCUACUCACUGUCAGGGAGGUACAAUGAUGUCCGCAUUUGUUAGGUCACUGUGCUCUCUCUCUCAAGAACCUAUUCCAGUUUAUUUAUUUAGAUUUUUUUUUUUUUUAAAUUCAGCCAAAUAACGGAUGAACAAUCUAGGGAAAUAUCACAGGCCCCCUGAAAUGGAAAACCAGGCAAAGAUAGAUAGGAUAAGUAACCUACCGUGGGAUGUUUUAGACAGCAUCCUAGUGCACCUGCCGCUAAGAGAGGCUGCAAGGACUAGUAUCUUAUCAAGGAAAUGGAGAUAUAAGUGGACUGGCCUUUCUCAGUUUGUUUUCGAUGAUAAAUGCAUCCGAAGCUCCUUAUCAGACAAGGUAGCCAGGUGGGUAGAAAUUAUGAAAAUCAUUAACAAGGUUCGAUUCUAUCACAGUGGUCCAAUAGAGAAGUUCAAGCUUGCAACAUAUUGCUGUCCAAACUACUCUGAUUUAAAUCAGUGGAUAGAUUUUCUAACAGAGAAAGGAAUCAAGGAGUUAAUUAUUCAGGACUUCAGUUUCAUAAAGCGUUUUAAGCUGCCUUCCUGUGUUUUCUCCUGUCCAAAGCUUAAUUGCUUGGAGCUUUAUGGUUGUAUAUUCAGGCUUCCUACUUUUUUUAGAGGAUUUGAUUGCCUCAAAAGCCUUCAGCUUAGUCAUUCAUUUAUAGUGAGCGAUACGCUUGAAAGUUUAAUCUGCAAUUGCCCUGUUCUUGAGAAAUUGACACUAUGGAAUAUUGAUCAUUUAUCUUUUGUAAGGAUCCACAACCCAAACAUAAAAUACUUGAAACUAGAUUCUAAAUUUGAAGAUAUCUGUCUUGGAAGUAGUUCGCUUCUAGCUACUGUUGAUAUUCGCAUGAUUCCUAUGUAUGGACAUGCUAUACUUCGGCGUCAUGAGCAAGGGAAAGUUUGCAACUUAGUCAGAGUUUUGGGCUGUCUAGAUAGUAUAAACAAGCUCAGUUUGUAUGGUCAAUUUCUUGAGUUUCUAGCUAACGAUGAUGUACCUGAAAGACUUCCUACCAUGCUCAACUGCCUUUUGGCCCUUGAUCUAAGAGAAGUAAGAUUUACCCGUCUGAGAGACCUUAAGGCUUCUAUUUCUAUUCUUAGAAGCUGCCCAAAUUUAGAAGAACUUCUUAUCACGGUUGAUACUUCUAGUCAGGAACAUACAACUGUUACUGAUUUUGUCAGAGCACAGUGUCUCUGCGACUUCUAUUUCAACAAACUCAAAGUAGUGAAGAUUAGAGGCAUCUUUGGAUCAGGAACUGAAUGGGAAUUCAUUAAACUUUUGCUUGCUCAUUCGCCAAUGCUGGAAUUAAUGACUAUUGUAAAGUACAGCGGCGGUGAAAGGAUUUCAGAAUUACUGUUGCAGCAACUCGACCGGGCUUCUGAACAUGUGAAAUUUACAAGUUUAACCCUGUAAGCUUUCCUUCGUCAAACCUCCAAAGGCAUUUCUGAUUUUUUUUCGUAGGUUUUUCAUGUUGUAAUUUAAAAACAAUGGCAACCAUUGAAGUCUCUUGCAUGUAAAUUUGUUGUGAUGUAUUUGACAUAAACUAGUGAUGCUUGUUUAUAAGCAAAUAAUUUUUUUUUUAUACCCAUAUAAUACAAUAAUUAGAGAUAUGCUUCAA